UCUCAUUUUCGCAUGGCAUCGCUCUUUGCCUGAAUCAGCGAACAGUGCAGUGCAAAAGUGGCGUUUUUCGCAUUUCAAUUGUAAUUUUCCGGUGUAAAUCGUUUGCCAAUCGGAACAAAUUUACGCUAAACUUUGAGUGUAACUGGUGAAAAAUAGUUUCCGCGCGUUUGCAUCCAGUGAAACGUGUUAUUUGAGGAAGAAAAAUCGUUUUGAAAAAUUCGCCGUAUCGAUUUUCACCGGAGGCUUCUUGAUUGAACGGCAUCAUGGCGGCGUCCAAAGAUAUCAAAUCGUUCUUCUACGAAUGGUGCCAGAAAGGGAGCUUUACGCCCUCGUUUGAAGUGCGCCCGACCGGUCCCAAGAACCGGCAGCGUUUCCUGUGCGAGGUGCGAGUCCCAUCGGAGGCCUACGUCGGUGCCGGUAAUUCCACCAACAAGAAGGACGCCGAACGUAAUGCUGCCCGGGACUUUGUCAACUACCUGGUCCGUACGGGAAAGGUUGCCUCCUCGGAUGUCCCGUCGGAAUCCGACAAUGGCGUCGGUGGCGGCGAUGGGGGUGAUUCUGCUCCUGCCUCCGGAGGACCGCCUUCGCUUAUGAACAUAAAUCCGGCCAGGGUGUUCCAGAGCGGUUUCGGCCCCUCGGACCUUGGUCAGGCUUACCGGCCGUUCAUACGUGACAACACGUACACUCCCUCGAAGGAGGAACUGGCCGAGCAGGAAGCCAUCAUGGAGUCGGCGGAAUCGCUUGACGUUAACGCCGGAAUCCACGGCAACUGGACCAUUGAAAAUGCCAAGGCCAAGCUGAACCAGUGGCUGCAGAUGAACAGAAUGAACCCGGACUAUAAAUACACCGCCGUCGGUCCAGACCAUGCAAGGAGCUUUAUGGCCGAAAUGACAAUCUACGUCAAGCAACUGAGCCGUAACAUCACCGGUCGCGAGUCUGGCUCGAACAAGCAAUCGGCCAGCAAAUCAUGCGCCCUGUCGCUGGUGCGUCAACUAUUCCAUCUGGGCGUCAUCGAGGCCUACGGGGGCAACCUGAAAACGGCCAAGAACGCGGAGCAGUUGAAGCCCUUCCCGGUUCGCAUUACGCAACAGCUGGAGCAGCGCAUUGAGCAGUGUCUGCAAGACGUUGAAAUACAACCGGUCAACAUCGAACGGAAGGGCGAUCCCAGCGAACCGGUCAGCCUGUUGCACCCGUCUGACGACGUGCACUAUAAGCCGCAAACGGUGAAUCUGAACCAGCAGGCGUCGGUCAUUCCGUGGUCUCCUCCGGUGCCGAACUGGAACCCGUGGACUGCUUGCAACAUCGACGAAGGCUAUCUGGCCACGGCUACGCUGGACCAGUUGAGUGAGGAUUUGAUGAACGCCGCGCGGGAACGUGCCCAACAGGACAAGGAAUUGCAGGAGCGUAUGCGAGCACGCUCGGAACUUCCCAUCGCAGUGAUGCGAAACAGAAUCAUGGAGGCGAUCAAUGAACAUCCGGUUGUGUUGAUCCGGGGUAAUACCGGUUGCGGCAAGACAACACAGAUCGCGCAGUUCAUCUUGGAGGAUUACAUCAAUUCCGGACAGGGAGCGUACUGUAACGUUGCCGUGACUCAGCCUAGAAGGAUCAGCGCCGUGAGUGUGGCCGAGCGAAUUGCCAACGAACGGUGCGAGAAUCUGGGCGAGGCGGUUGGUUAUUCGGUGCGAUUUGAGUCCGUUUUGCCAAGACCGUACGGUUCGAUCAUGUUCUGUACGAUUGGUGUUCUGUUGAGGAAGUUGGAAGCUGGAUUGCGAGGUGUUUCGCACGUCAUUGUGGACGAGAUUCACGAACGUGACGUCAACAGCGAUUUCAUUCUGGUCGUCUUGCGCGAUAUGUUGCACACUUAUCCGGAUCUUCGUGUGAUUCUCAUGUCAGCUACUAUCGAUACCACGCUGUUCUCCGAUUACUUUGGAAACUGUCCCUGUAUCGAAGUCGUGGGACGUACCUUCCCCGUUGAUCAAUACUUUUUGGAAGAUUGUAUUCAGUUGGUGAACUUUGUGCCACCAAUAGACAACAGGAAGCGUAAGCGUGGCGGAAACGGUGGAAAGGAUGACGACGAAGAUGGCGGCGAAGAUGCCACGGUUAAGAUCACUGGCGAAGCGGACACUUCCAAUCUGAACAUGGUGAUUGACGAGCACAAGUAUUCUGUUCAGACGAAAAACGCCAUGGCUCGUCUUUCGGAGUCGGAAGUUUCGUUCGAGUUGAUUGAGUCACUGCUGAACUUCAUCGAGGCACAGAACGUCCCGGGAGCUGUCUUAGUGUUCUUGCCGGGCUGGAAUCUGAUCUUUGCGCUGAUGAAGUACCUCCAGAGCAAACCGCAAUUCAGCGGUUCUAAGUGCAUCAUUUUGCCGCUACAUUCGCAAUUGCCACGCGAAGACCAACGGAAGGUGUUUGAUCACUUUGGAAAUGUCCGGAAGGUCAUUCUGGCCACGAACAUUGCCGAAACAUCGAUCACCAUCGACGACGUUGUGUACGUGAUCGAUGUGUGCAAGGCAAGGAUGAAGCUGUUCACGUCGCAUAACAACAUGACCAGCUAUGCCACGGUUUGGGCCGCCAGAACCAACUUGGAGCAAAGAAAGGGUCGUGCCGGUCGUGUCCGUCCCGGAAAGUGCUUUACCCUCUGCUCGCGCGCCCGCUUCGAUAAGCUGGACGAACACAUGACUCCGGAAAUGUUCCGUACCCCGCUGCACGAGUUAGCCCUGAGCAUCAAACUGCUCCGGCUGGGUUCGAUUGGACAGUUCCUUUCCAAGGCCAUCGAACCACCGCCACUGGAUGCCGUCAUCGAAGCCGAAGUGAUGCUCAAGGAGAUGAAGUGUUUGGAUGAGCGGGAAGAAUUGACUCCGUUUGGGCGCAUCCUGGCUCGUCUUCCCAUCGAACCGCGUCUGGGCAAGAUGAUGAUCCUCAGUACUUUGUUCGGAGUGUGCGAUCCGGUUUCCACGAUGGCUGCCUUUUCGGGAACGUUCUCGGAAAUUUUCCAACUGGACGUUGGACAGCGCCGUUUGAUGACCCACCAGAAGGCACUGAGUGGAAAGAGGAAUUCCGACUAUGUUGCCAUGUUGACUGCUUAUCGGAUGUGGGGCGAGAAGCGUCGCCGCGGCGAGGAAGCGGAAAUCCAAUUCUGCGAAUGGAAGGGACUGCAGCUGUCGACGCUCCGCGUCAUGUCGGAAGCCAAGCGCCAACUGUUGGAACUGCUAUCGCAGGCUGGGUUCCCCGAAGAGACCAUGGUUGAGAUGGGCUUCGAUCAAAACGAUGACGAUCCCCGCCUAGAUAUGGCCCUGUCGUUGCUCUGCGUUGGUCUGUACCCGAACGUGUGCGUCCACAAGGAGAAACGUAAGGUGCUGACCACGGAAUCGAAGGCCGCUCUGAUCCACAAGACUUCGGUCAACUGCAGCAACCUGCAGGUGACUUUCCCGUAUCCGAUGUUCGUGUUCGGGGAGAAGAUUCGUACCAGAGCCGUGUCCUGUAAGCAGAUGUCCAUGGUUUCCCCGAUCCAUAUCCUGCUGUUCGGAAGCAAGAAGGUGGAAUGGGUCGACAACAUGGUUCGCAUCGAUAAUUGGAUGAACUUUGAAAUGGAUCCCCACCAGGCUGCGCUGAUUGUCACCCUGCGUCCAGUGCUGCAGGAUCUUUUGAUUCGGGUGUCCGAAAAUCCCGAAGAAGCCAACGCGCUGGAAGAACGCUAUCAAAACCUAAUCGAUGUGGUUAAAGAUCUGUGCGUGUUCAAUGCAGGUGAUGAGGGAAUUCAGCGAGAAACCGGUUUGACACCCUUGGACCAGGCGCGAUCGAAUGCGAAUAAGUUCCCACGUUCGGAUAAUGGUGGUGGUAACCGCUUUGGUGGUGGCGGUGGUCCUCGUUUCAACAGUAAUGGCGGAAGCGGUGGAUUUGGUGGAAACCGCGGAGGAUACGGAGGAAACAGCGGAGGAUUUGGAGGAAACAGAGGAGGAGGUUUCGGAGGAAACCGAGGGGGUUUCGGAGGUAAUCGGGGAGGCUAUGGCGGCGGUGGCUAUGGCGGUGGUGGCCGACGUUGGUAAUCUGCAAGCACCUUGGUAGGAAACCCUUCCACAUGAUUCCAAUGUUCAAAUGACGCAGUUUUAGACGCGAGCGGAGUGAUUUUGAGAGCAGUAGAGCGACGCUUUGAAUAAUUGACUAACUUAUCAACUUCUUAAUUUUAAGUGAUCUUUUCUCAUAAUAGUGGAACUAGUAGUAGUGGAUCCUGUAGCAUUUGGAUAGCUUAAAAGUAUCCAUAUUUGUAAUUUGUCUUGAUGCUUGAAUUUCAUGGCGACGUGCCGAAUUAUGGCAUUUAUGAUAACUGAGACAUGAAUAUAAACAUAACCAAAUAACAUCAA